CUGAAGAAGGUCUAUAUGAAUAUGAUAUGACGCAAAAGCCUUCUCGCUCUGAAAAUCCAAUUUAUAGUCGACCCUUUCAAUGUUUCAAAGAUACGAAUCCUCUUCUAACUGAUGCUGACUAUAUUAGUAUUGAUUCUGAAUCAUCAACAAACUCUAAUUUACCAAAUGAUGAUUUUAACUAUAUAUUACCAAAUAAUAAAAAUUUGAAUCAGCAACCAAAUAAUAAAAAUUCGAAUCAGCAUUUGAGAUUAGAAGCAAAAGUUAUUAUUAACGUUAAAAGUUCUACAUCGAUGCCUGCAAAACUGUUUAUAUUUAAUUCAUGUAGAUUUAAUACAUUUCAUUAUGACCUUAUUCAAUAUAUUCGUAAGUGUCUUAAUAAUAACAAAGUUGAUAAAGAUCAUAUUAAAAUUACUUACAAAAUAAAUGGGCGUGGUCUGGAAAUAGCAUUAGAUGAUGAUUGUGAUUAUAAUACAUUUAUUACUAAAUACAAAAAUUUAUUAAAUUCAACGAAAGAAAUGGUGCUAUAUGUUAUAUUAGGAUCUAACAAGCGAAAAAUUAAGAAAUCAUCUGAUGAAGACAGCAAUUCUGAUGAAAAAAUAUUGAAAAAAUUCAAAAAAAAAUUAAAAAAUAACUAUAUGCUGAAAGAAUCAACUAUUACUUCUAACGAGGUCACAUUAGCUACAAUUAUUUUACAAAUUCGAUUAAAAUACCAAUAUCAUAUCCAUCGUAUAUCUUGUUAUGUUGAAG